AUGCCUCGGAGGCGCAAGGAUGAAGACGAGGAUUCCGAGGAGGAGGAGCUCCAGGCUUUGCCCAGUGACGACGACGGCGAGGAAGAAGAAGAGUACGAGGAGUCUGACCUAGAGGACGACGAGGAAGGCGAGGAGGAAGAUGAGGAAGAAGAGGAGGGCGACGAAGAGGCCGCAGAUGAGGAGGAAGCGCCCGCGCCAUCAAAGAAGCGCAAGGCCGAUGCCGAUGAGGUAGUGCCCGACUCGAAGAAGACCAAGACAAAUGGCGAGGAGGAGGACGAGGAUGCAGAAGACGAUGCUGCUGAAGCUCCAGAAGACGAUGAGGAUGAACAGGAGGGCGAAGAAGAUGAGCCAGCGGUCAAGACCAAGGUCAUCUCAGGCUCCGAGCCCAAAGUGGGCGCAGCCGAGGUGGACGACGAAGAGUACGAGGAAGAAGCUUAG